AUGGCUAAGGAACGAGAAGAGGAAAUAACAAAGAAGCCAUUGAUAAUAGCAAUGAAAGGGCAUCCAGGCACAGGCAAAUCCACUUUAGCUCAUGCCUUGGCCUCCACCCUCAAAUUCCCUCUCAUCGACAAAGACGACAUCCGCGACUCCUCUUUCCCUCUCCACCAACAACAACCGGCUGCGUCUCGCCACCAGCUCAACGACCUCUCCUACGAAGCUGUCUGGCGAGUCGCCACUACUCAGCUCCACCUCGGCCUCAGCGUCAUCAUCGACUCUCCUCUCUCUCGGAGAAUCCAUCUCGACCGUUUGGUCGAAUUGGCUGCGUCGGUCGGUGCUCGAAUUGUGAUCGUGGAGUGCCGGCCAUCGGACGAGGUCAAGUGGAGGGAGAGGCUUGAAGGGAGGGAAAAGAGUUGGCACAAGCCUGCCUCUUGGGGGGAGCUUCAGGAGCUGAUUAAAGGGUACGGCGGAUGCUCUGAGUACGACGUCGGAGAUGUGCCCAGGAUGUUGGUUGACACGACGACGCCGAAUCUUGGGGUGGAGGAGUUGGUUUCCAGUGUGGUGCAGUUCAUUGCUUCUGUUUGGUGUCCGACCCCACCUCCGAUGUAA